CGGAUAUCUAAUAAUUGUGCCACAGAAGUAACUGGCUGCCUUCUAAGAUUAGGACGUUAACAAAAAGUAGCACAUCCCGAUGAAGAAGGGCGAUUCUUCGGAGAACCGAGUCAUUUCGGGCUCCGGAAAUUACCCAUGUGUUGUAAAGAAUAGUGCAAAUACAGAUAGAAAGAUAAGCAUUACUGUAGGUGUGGGAUAUCGGCAAAGAAGGGACAAAUUAUGGAAGAAGCUUGCAAUAAUGCUUUUCUCGUUAUGUCACGCUUGAUAUACAUUGGUUUCUGUAGAUGGAAGAGUCACUCAAGAAGAGGUAUUGCCCAUUUAUUAUGGUCAAAUUCUCAUCAG